AAAAUAAUUGACCGUGUAGGGGAGCUCUUAAUAUGGCAUGUGGAAUUAGAAUGACUUGUUUUGAAAACAUUGUAUAAUUUUCUAGCACGUAUCAUUUUAAGUACAUUUUUAAUUUUAAAUAACACUUUUUUAUACAUAUUUUUCAAAAAAUACCAUAACUACAGAUAACGCAUAGCCAGCUUGAAGAACCAUAAACAAAUCACUGUGGCGUCUUUGUCGAGCGGAUAUUGUUUAUGAUCACUCGACAUUUUCCUUUGCAAAAUAAUUUUGUGGUCAAAAUUACUUUGAUUAUAAUGUUUUCAUUUAUAUCCUGAUACAUGAUCGUGAAUAAUCAUCGAACUAUAACUAUAUCCUAAAAAAAACCUAGUGAAAGUUUUUACAAAUGUUUAGUGCAAGGGACGCUUGCGAAUUCUCCCUCGACCAAUAUAGCGGGAAAUCUCUGUGUCGUGACGCGCACUAACAUUAAGAAUCCCUGUGGAGACUUUGAAUAUAUUCAACAGCUUGUUAUGUGGUCAUUUACACUUUGACAGUGGUUCCGUGUCUUGUAAAGUAGCGAUUGACAAUGUCUGACGAAAUGGCGGUUAGUGAUAACCCAAGUGGGGAAGAAGCCGUCGUUAAUGGAGCUGAAGCAUUGGCAACGAGUGCCGAGGACGCGGCGCCGGAGGCCCCCGAGGCUCCCAGCGUGCCCGCGGACCCGGAGCCUGUAGAAACCAAGCCUAUGAAAACUGAAUCUAAAGAUGAAGAAUGGAAUUCAGAAGAAGCUCCGGAGCCCGCAGAAGACACGGAUGACAAACGGGGUGUCAAACGCAGGGCGUCAGCCGCUUUCAGCAAUGCAGCUGAUGAGGACUUCAAGGGAUUUUCGAAGAUCGAGCUGGAUGACUCUGUUGUGGAAUACAAGAAAGUUGUAGACAACUUGGAGGCAGAGGUGGCAUUGGCCAGCAAAACAGUGGUGCCUCUCAGGACCGUGAUGGGGACACCCACAGCUCCAGCCAGGGCCAGCAAACGACCAAGACAAGAUACUGAUGGAUCCAGACCUUCAUCAGCCCUGUCCUCAAGAUCUGAAGAUGGAGUAUCUUCCACUGAGGUAUCCUCCCCCGCGGUCCGAGGCCGCCGCGCCACCACCGAGAUGUCGUCGCCGCUGCUGCGGGUGCCUCUCGAGAAGGGCUGGAAGCGGGAGCUGGUGUACCGCGCCGCGCUGGAUCAGCACUCGCGGCGCAAUGCUGACAUAUACUACUACACGCCGCAGGGCAAGAAGCUACGCUCCACUAGAGAGGUAGGGGAACACCUUUCUGGAACCGGACUGACUUUAGACAACUUUUCAUUCUUCAAAGAACCACUGGGUGUAGAUGACCCCGAAAAAGAAAUAAUUCGUGACGCGAAACUGAUGCGGAAAGCGGAGUCCCCCGUGGCUCAGACGGCGCCCCCCGCGGCGGAGGGCAAGCGCACGCCCAAGCCCAAGCCGCCCAAGGGCGCCAGCCCCGAGCCCGUCACUCCCAAGUCGCCGCCGGCCAAGAUCAAGGUGAAGUCAAUGCAGCCGCGCCUGAACCGCACGCCCGCCGCGCCGCCCGCCAAGAAGCCCGCCGCCGCCGCCGCCGCCGCCGACAACAACAACACGCAGGCCAUCAAGAAGAACAGAACGGCGCCGCCGGUCCCCGCCGCGCCGGCCGCGCCGGUGCCGGUGCCGGUGCCGGUCCCCGUAGCGGCGCCGGUGCCGGUCCCGGUUCCCGUAGCGGCGCCGGUCCCGGUGCCGGUCCCGGUGCCGGUCCCCGUGCCGGUGGCCCCGCCGCCGCUGCAGAGCCGGCCGCCCGUGUCGCCGGUUGAUGCGAAGAUUGAGCAGCAUGACUUGACCUCACCCCGACAGUUGGUGCAACCUUGCUCCAUGACAUGUGGUCGCGGAGUGCCCACACUAGCCUGCGGGCUCUGUCUGUGCCUCUACCACCCUGCCUGCGCCGGCCUCACGGCUCCUAGACCCGAAGGCACCUUUUUUUGCAAGAACUGCCGCAAGUCCAGCUCGCCGUCGUCGUCCCCGCCGCCGCUGACGCACAAGUCCGGCGUGACGUCGCUGGCGGCGCCGAGCGCGCGCCGGCCCGCCGCGCCCGCCGCGCCCGCGCCCGCGCUGCUGCCCCGCCCGCGCGCCGCCGCGCCGCCGGCGGACAAACGGGUCACGCUGAGAAUGAAGAUGGCAGGCGGGCCGGACGGCGCUCGCGUGUGGGCGGUGUCACCUGCGCGUGGCUCGCUGCCGCAGUCGCUGGCCGUGCUCAACGGGCGGCGCUUCAUCGUCGUGCCGCGCGCUAUAGUGCAGCCUGCUCCUGAGUCGAGGCCAGUGCGGGGCCGCGUGGCCAACGGCGCCGCGCCCGCGCCCGCCGCCGACUCGCCGCGGCGGCGCGGCCGGCCCCGGCUGGACGAGAGCACCGACCACUUCACCGCCUUCUACCAGAAGGCCAAGGAACACAACUACAACGUGCAAGUACAGAUCUUCCAAUACCUAGGCAUGCGUGACUUAGCGCACUGUGCGCGCGUGUGCCGCCUGUGGCGAGAGCUGGCCGCCACGCCGCAGCUCUGGAGGCACGUCAGGAUGAAAAAUUCACACGUGAGUGAUUGGGGAGGACUGUUCGCGGCUCUACGGCGGCACGGCACGAAGAGGCUGGACUUGCGGAAGAUGCUGUUACCGCAGAACGACGCCGUCUUUUGGGAGCAGUUCGGAGAGCAUGUGAAACAGCUGGACGAGUUAGAGAGGAUAGAGAUGUGCCGCUGCCCGGCCAGCGCGGUGGAGGCGCUGUGCCGCGGCGCGGGCAACCUGCGCGCGCUGUCGGCGCUGGCCAUCCGCUCCGCGCUGCUGGACCCCGCGCCGCUGGCCGCGCUGCCGCACCUGCACGAGCUGCGCCUCAAGAGCAUGGCGGGCUUGUCGCUCACCCGGGACUUGCAGCCCUUGGCGGCCUUGACGAGGCUCACGCAUCUUUCGCUCACCUCCAUCAAGGAACUAGGUUGGUGCGCAUGCGACGUAGUAGGCCAACUUCCACAGCUCGAGUCGCUCGAGCUCGGCGAGUGCAGUUUUCGCGCCGAAUUCGCGCUCGUGCUCGGCAAGCUGACGCGCCUAAAACGGCUGCGUUUAGAGCGUGGCACCGCUCAAUGUGCGGCCCCGGCCUUACUGCGAGCGGUGGCGCUACUGCCCAAUCUUACUAGCUUGGAACUUGUCAAUUUCGACGUCAAGGUCGGUUUUGACGACGCGCUGGCCGAGUGUAAAAACAUACAGAGGUUGCUCAUCAUACCAACGUACGUCUCGCAGUCCGCCACCACCAACAAACAGGUGCUAAGCGGCGUGCUGAGUCUCAAAGACACCUUAACCCACCUAAUGUGGGGCGUCACCAUCGAGCUGCUCCGCGUGACGGAGCUGUUCAUCGACCAGUGCGAGCAGGGCGCCGAGCGCCGCCGCGACGUCGGCGAGUGCAUCCCCGUGCUCAAGCCGGUCCCUGGCUGCAGGCUGCCUCCGGACAACACCAAGCAGGAGCCGCGGACACCCCCGCAGGUGGAGAUCCUCCCGCUGCCGACGCUGCAGCGGCUGCUGUCCGCGCAGCUACCCAACACCAAGCUAAAGCUGCUCCGCAUACCUUUCCACGCCACGUGGCGUCAGUCGCUCGCGGACUUCCAGUAGCCGACGUGGCGACGUGGAAUAGUAAUGCUAAAAGGAGUUUGGUGUUGUUGGUUCCACGCUCUCGCUUGCUAAGAUGGCGCGGAGAUGGCUACACGCACGGAAAUUGCUUCUCUCGUACGGAUUUAGGUUUUCGUGGCAUUCCGAAUGAGGAGGUCGUUUAAACUGAUACCGCGAGAGUGUUCAUCCUUAAUACAUUUCCUUGAUAGGAAUCUGUAAAUCGAUACUACAGUACGUUACAAUAAGCUCAUGUGUAACUACUGAGUUUUUCUAAUGUAUGGCGCAGAUAAUGCGUUUUUAAAGCGCCAAAAUAAAAUACCGAAACCAAUGAGCGGAAGAGUUCAAAUUGUAUUUCUAAAUGCAAGGUUAAACCCUGAAUCCGUUUCAUACCUUGUUCGUAAAAGAAAAACACUUAAUUUUGUUCCAUAACAGAAAGGUCCUUAUGUUUUAAGUGCAAUAAGGUCCUUUUUAUCUGAAAUUUGAACAAAAAUUCUGAUAGAAAGGUGACAUGAAGCAUAAGGACCCUUCUCUGACGGAAAGCCACAAUUUGAAAGGUCGGCAAUCCAUUAGUGACACUCUUCAAUUGCAUAAAGUGUUACAGAUUUUUUAAAGAAAUCUCGUGUUUCUACCAUUGACAUUGAAAAUACCAUUGUACAUAUGUUUUGACAUUUUAUUAUAUUUCUUGACGCAUAUAUUCAGUUUGAAUGCCUAAAAAAAUACAUUAUGCACAAAUGUUCUAAAGUGCGAGACAGAUACAACACACGUAGAUUAACAAACAACAUAUCUAUACUGUAAACGAUAGGGUUAACUAUACUAAUCUCGCCCCCAUCCAUUUACUGGCCUAUUAAACCUUAUGGUGAUACACGGAUUUAAACUUUAAAUUUUUACACAUUAUUAAAUUAUAGAACGGGAAAUAAUCGCGUAUUAAGUAUUAAACACGCCCGGCUGGAAGAUGUUCAUGUCAACUUUAGCCAGACUUCGAGACCACGGGGACGCCGUCCUCGAAAC